GAGCGCUGUGAUUCAAAUCGUGACCCGCUUCAAAUCAUGGGACUUGCAGAAGUAAAAUUACGAACGACGCAGACAGAUUAGAACUUUGGCCCGGUAAACGUGGUGCGAUUGUGACCUUACUCUUUGUGGUGCUAAAAAGUGUGAAAGUGUUUGAAAGUGCAUUUUACUACACCUUUUCUAACGCAUUUGUGCCGAAUUCCGUGAAACAAAACGUGGAAGUUGCUUGAAAAUGGCGCAAAACGAUUUGUGGAUAGUGAAACUUUUAGAUUUUGUGGAGGUGACCUAUCUGCUUCUGGGAAGUGAUCGAGAGCCGCGUGUGGAAAAUCGAAGCCACGAAGCCAAAACCACGCUUCAACUGAUCCGUCGAAAUUUCAGAGCAAUCCGGAAUGCAAUUGAUGCUGAUCCGCACCUACGGGAACAGGUCCAACGUAUCCGUACUAACCGCUCAUCGGGUCGUGCCGAUGGAGCCGAUGGUACUGCCGGUUUGGUGGAUGAUCCAAGAGCGGCUGAAGCUGGUAAUAAGACUGCCGAAAGUGCGUCAAACCCACCCGGCAUCAAGCCUUCCAGAUGGAAGUGCAAAUGCACCGGCAACGCGAGCUUCGCAAACGGGCCCUUCCGCACCGGGUCAGUUGGCCGUACAACAUCGUCAGGCUCCGUCGGGCGUAGGCUUUCUUGGUAAUAAUAUGUACAACAUCUCUAGAACCUACAAUACUACGGCACCGUUUGCUACCGAUCCGUAUAUGACGCCGUACCGACCGGUUGGACUGUAUGCAGUUCAUCCAUCUGCUGGAUAUCAGUCUCCGGUGCUAUUUGCACCCAUGUUGUACAAUGCGGGACCGCUGGAUUAUGGACCUCCCGUAGAAUUCGAACAGCGCAUGGCGUACGUCCGACCUCAAGGUCAGAUUCAACCGCGUUGGUUGCCACCGGUACCAGUUGCACCAUAUCCGGCGGCUGCUCCAUCGACUAUUCGCGAGCCGCAUUUUCCGAUGCAACAGUGUACUGUUCCGGCGUUUGCUGAUCCACCGGCUCCCCGUGAACCGUAUACACCAGUGCAACAGCGUGCGGCGCCAGCAGUUGCUCCGGCAGUCGCUCCAGUAGUCGCUCCCGUAGUUGCUGCUGAUCCACCGGAUGUUGGCAAAGCUGGUACGUCAAAGCAGAAGCGUUCGGUUUCUGCAGUUGCCGAUCCACCAUAUGCACCCAAGCAAAAGCGAGUGACUUUUGCAUGGACGGAUGUCGAUCGGCAUGGAAUGCCGAUGGAACAGCGUACAGUGUCUGAACCUGUAAGCGCUGAUCCACCGGAAGUUGAGGAACAACCGAUAGAACAGCUGGCCGAUCCUGUAGUGGAUGAUCCACUGCAUGUUGGACAGCAUGAUAUGCCGAAUCUACAGCGUGCCGAUGCUGCAGUUACUGAUCCAAUGCAUGCUGGUGGGCAGUUUGUGGAGUGCGGCGUAGAAGCCGCACAGGAGAUUAAGCAGGAGAAUGUGAUUACACGUCGUCAAUCGGCAAUGCCGAGACGUGAUUCGCAGUAAACUAUUCUUACGCGUCGCCAGAAACGGUCUUCCCUUCAUCGGACAGUUGAAACGCUCAAACUCCCUCUGCACCAGCUCCGACUUGUUGCCCACCAGAUCGAUCAAAUUGUUCCAGUAGCUGUUCGCCGCGAUCGCGUGCCCCCGCUGGCUAAAAUGGAAGCAAUCGACCGACGCGACGCCAGCAUCCGUAUCCCCGUUCUGAAGGGUGGGCAGUGUCAGAUGCUCCGGAAACGGUUGAUAGUUAACGACGAAGUCGGAACCCACGUUAAACUCGUCCCGCUCGGCAACGGUCUGCUGUAUCCGGUUCCACUGCUGCAUGAUACGAUCCAGGCGUGGCUGAAAGGAUGCGAACUGGGCACCGAACACGCACGAACACUCGAACGAAUGGGUGGUAACGCAGGAUGCAGGUUUAGGGUUAAACGUGCGCAAUAUGCUAACAUCUUCGUGAAGGGAAUUGACCAUAAAAGGGGAGAAAAGGCAGAAUGGAGAAGAUGAUUAUAUUGUUAACGAUGAAACAUUUUUCUUUUUUAUAUGCAUACUUACUAAUAGUAGCGACGAUGUUGAUCAUGGCUCGCGGCAGGUACUUGCGCAGCAGUCUUAAAGUUUGCAGCAAGUUUUGCUCAUGUUGAUAGAGAGCUUUCUCUGGAGUCGGCAGAUAGCACACACGGCUACAGAAAUCAUUGUGCCCGAUGAGGAUGGUUAUCAGCUUCCAGUGAUGUUUCAUAUCAACCGAACGAUCGGCUUGCAUACGUUUGAUAAGAUUCCUUGCCUGAUGCGGCAAGUCCUGACUCAUGGCACCAAUUUCAGCCACAUCAAACCUGCGAGCAACAAUCGAGAGCUUAGGAUAGAAAAGCUUCGGCAGGCACGAAACGAUCAACAAUACCUUACCUUGACUCUCUGUCGAUCGAGAGACUGUCGGCAACGACAUAACCGUUCAGGUUCGGAUUGAAUACCUUCAAUAUGUUCGGUAGUGUUAGAUACUGACGCCAGGUACCCUGUCCUCCGAUACACCAGGACAGACCACGAUUCUCUAUGAUCAGUUCAACAAUUCCGGUGGCGAGUAUUCCCGUGCCGGCUGUUAGCGAAUCACCGAGAGCCGCGAUCACGUCGAUAUCGCCCGGGCGCAGUUCAUGAACGGAGGUAGGAACUGUCGCGCUUCGCAUACCUUCCGUUGGACAGGGAAAGGCUUGAUCAUGUGGUAUAGGAGACUGCACUUUCUAGAAUAGACCAACCGAAGGGAAAUUAGAGCUCAGUAAGAAACUUUUCAAUACGCCUUCGUUUGGCCCAGGACAUACCCCUUGCGAGCGAGCCUGAUUAAGUCGCACCGGAUCUUUACUACUCGGACCGACGGUGUCGAAAAAUAGGUUGUGCAGCUUCCGGUAAAGCGUCAGAAAUGGAGGAUCGUCUAGGAAGGAUACUUCCUCCUGAGCGAUCGUAGCGCCACCGGCGGCCAGUAUUAGAAGCAGCGACAGGGACAUCGGUAGAACAUGCAUACUGUGGAAUGGCAGUUUUUCUUUACAUAUUUUAAUCCACUCUAUACUAUAAAAACAAGUUACUUACAUGAAUGGCACUUUUCUGCUUGCCAAAAAAAAAAAAAA